GUUUGUGUGUUUGGGUGAGUUGUGCACAGUAACCGUGCAGACAUGAGUUCCCCGCUGGAGAAGCCGCAGAUCAUCGCUCAUGUCCAGAAGUCGGUGAACUACACGCUGUUCGACUGUAAAUGGAUCCCGUCCAGCGCCAAGUUCGUGUGCCUGGGGAACCUGGCCAGGGGCAGCGGCAUCAUGCAGAUCUACGAGAUACAACAUGGAGAGGCCAAGCUCAUCAGGGAGAUUGAAAAACCAAAACCUCUGAAAUGUGGAACAUUCGGUGCCAGCUCGUUGCAACAGAGAUAUUUGGCCACCGGUGACUUUGGAGGCAAUCUCAAUGUAUGGGACCUGGAAGCUGCUGACACCCCAGUGUAUUCUGUGAAAGGACACAAGGAAAUCAUUAACUGUAUUGAUGGAGUUGGGGGGUUAGGCAUUGGAGAAGGAGCCCCCGAAAUUGUAACAGGAAGUCGUGAUGGUACAGUAAAAGUAUGGGACACGAGGCAAAAAGACACUCCAGUUGCUAAUAUGGAACCAGCUGAAGGAGAAAACAAGAGAGAUUGCUGGGCAGUGGCCUUUGGUAAUGCUUACAAUCAGGAGGAGCGUGUUGUAUGUGCCGGAUAUGACAAUGGGGACAUUAAGCUGUUUGACUUGAGAAACAUGUCACUACGAUGGGAGACGAACAUUAGAAAUGGGGUCUGCUCCCUGGAAUUUGAUAGAAAGGACAUCAUUAUGAAUAAAUUAGUUGCCACUUCCCUGGAAGGCAAAUUUCAUGUUUAUGAUCUUAGGACUCAGCACCCUACCAAAGGGUUUGCUUCAGUGACGGAGAAGGCACUCAAAUCUACUAUUUGGCAAGUACGUCAUCUGCCACAAAAUAGGGACAUCUUCAUGACGACAGGAGGAGCUGGGAGUCUCCAUCUUUGGAAAUAUGAAUACCCAGCUCAACGGACAAAGAAAGACUCAGAUGGAGUUGAUAUGGGUGUAGCCGGAACUGUCAGUCUCCUACAGAACGUUACACUAUCAACACAGCCCAUCUCUAGCAUAGAUUGGAGUCCGGAUAAGAAGGGACUGUGCGUUUCCACAGCUUUUGACCAGACUGUCAGAGUGCUGAUUGUCACCAAGCUCAACAAACUUUGA